AAAAUCUGUACUUGGACAGGUUUUUCUAGCCUAAAUUAUAGACAAAAAUUGACUUUGAGUAGAUUCAGGACGCAAAAUGUAUCUUUUAAUUUAAAAUAGAUUUAGGCCGAAAUGGCAUAUGAGCUCAGCCCAAUUUAUCAAGGCUUGGGCACAGAUGUUCAUCCCGUGCCCGUAGAUCACCGCCCACCAGUCCACCUUGACUUGUGGCAAUUUUUAUUUGGCAAAAGUCCGACCCAACCCGGCUCGUAUCGCCUCUAUAAAACUGGCAUGGGAAUUGGCCGUUCAAAUUCUCGGCCACACAUCUUAUCCCGCUCGAAUUCAAAACCAUUUCAAAACUUCAGAUUCUCUCUCCUCCAACUUCAACCAGAGUGUGUGUGGAAGGUUCAAAAAAGAAAAAAAAAAUAGAGUAAGAGAAGAAAUAAAGCGUAACACAUAGAGAGACGACAAUGGCGGAAAUUGAGCAAGACAAACAACUAACUCAAAAGAUCGCUGGAAUUUUGGAAGAAACCAAAGCUUCAUACGCAACUCACAACCGAAAACUUAAGGAACUCUCCAAUCUCAGAUCUUCAUCACCUCAAAAUUUCUUCUCUUCCUUCUGCAAAGCUCUCUUACCUGUCUUCAGUUUUCAGCGACGAACUGCCUCUGCUGAGCGCAUCAUCCGCUUUAUUUCCACCUUCGCCUGCUUCACUGACUCCAAAGGAUCCGCCAUUGAUGAUGGGGACGACUUUGUAGAAGCUUUCUUGCGGUUUCUUCUCUCUGCUGUUACUUCCGCUAACAAAACUGCGAGGUUUCGUUCAUGUCAGAUUAUUUCCGAGAUCAUAAUGCGAUUACCAGAUGAUGCAGAAGUGAGCAAUGAGCUCUGGGACGAGGUGAUAGAGAGCAUGAUCAUACGGGCGGGAGACAAGAUUCCCAUAAUCCGUACAUUUUCAAUUAGAGCUCUUUCACGUUUUGUGAAUGAUUCUGAGAACAGUGACAUUCUUGAUUUAUUCGUUCAAACACUGGAUUCAGAGCAAAAUGCUGAUGUACGAAAGACCAUUUUGCUAUCAUUACCCCCUUCAAAUGCUACAUCAUUAGUGAUCAUUAGUUGUACUCUUGAUGUUAACGAAUCAGUGCGCAAAGCAGCGUAUUUCGUUUUGGCCAAUAAGUUUCCUCUCCAGAGCCUCAGCAUCAAGCUCCGGGCUUUAAUUCUUCAGAGAGGACUGUCAGAUCGUUCACCAGCAGUUGUAAAAGAAUGUUUGAAGUUAAUGAUAGAUGAAUGGUUAUGCAAAAGCUGCAAUAACAAUCCUGUUGAACUUCUCAAGUACCUUGAUGUUGAGACAUAUGAGAAUGUUGGUGUUUCUGUUAUGAAGGCUCUCUUAGGUGCUGGCAUGGGUAAACCUGAAGGAAGUCAGAGGAUACAACAGUUCAAAGAAUCAUCCUUUGAUGAAAUUAGAGAUCCGGAUAAUUGCAACCAAGAUUUUAAACUACUGGAGCCAGAGGUUGCUCUCUAUUGGAGGGUUGUGUGUCAGCACUUACAUAAAGAGGCCCAGGAGAAGGGCUCUGAUGCUGCUGCAACUACAGGCACUGAAGCUGCAGUCUAUGCAGCAGAAUCAUCCGACAGUAGUGAGCUCCUGGAGAAAGUGCUCCCUGCAACUGUUUCUGAUUAUGUGGAAUUAGCCCAAGUACAUAUCACAGCAGGAGCAAAUUAUCGCUUUGCAUCACGGCAGCUGUUGUUGCUUGGUGCGCUGCUUGACUUCUCUGAUGCUACAAUCAGGAGGAUUGCCAGCACGUUUGUACAGGACUUGCUACAUAAGCCGCUUGAAUAUGAAAUAGACUGCAGUGGUAACAAGAUUGUCAUAGGAGAUGGCAUCAGCCUUGGUGGCGACAGAGACUGGGCUGAUGCAGUAGUGAGGUUGGUGAAGAAAGUCCAUGCUGCUGAUGGAGAGUUUGAAGAAGUUACUCUUCAGGUUGUGGCAGAACUUGCUAGGCCAUGCAGGGAAAGAAGUGCUGACUUCAUUGAGUGGUUGCAUUGCCUGGCUGUCGUUGGUCUUGUCUUGGAAAACACAAAAUCAUUACACUGGUUACAAGGCAAGGCUAUCGAACCUAUUGAAUUACUGAAUGCUUUGUUGCUUCCAGGGGCCAAGCACCUUAACUUGGAUGUCCAAAGGGUUGCUGUCAGAUGUCUUGGUCUUUAUGGAUUAUUGGAAAGAAGGCCAUGCGAAGAAGUGGUGAAACAACUAGGUUUAUCAUUUGUCAAGGGCCCCUCUUCCAUCAGCCUUCUUGCUAGCAAGGGAUUAAUAGAUCUUGUAAUGUGGCAUGGUCCUCAAGAAGUUGACAAAGCUAUAGGGGAAGAUUUUUUCUCACAGAUCCCUGAGAACCGGCUACAUCUUACCCCUGAAAUGUGCAAUAAAGUUGAUGGCGUAGAUGUUGGAGUACUGUAUCUUCUAUGUGCUGGUUUAGAAAGUGAUUUUUUUGGUCAAACAUUGGAGGUUGAGGAGAAUGAAUCAGUCCAAGCGACUCUUGGGGAGGGUUUAGCAAAGAUUCUUCUUUUGAGUGAGCAUUACCCUAGCAUACCCGGUUCCUUACAUUUGUUAAUCUUGGCCAAGUUGAUUGCUUUCUAUUUCAGCGAGGAGAACAAUGAACAGAGGUUAAAGCAAUGUCUAUCAGUGUUUUUUGAGCAUUAUCCUUCACUGUCAGCUAAUCAUAAGAAGCAUCUUUCCAAGGCCUUUGUUCCAGUGAUGCGUGCAAUAUGGCCUGGAAUUAAUGGGAAUCAUGGGGGAUCUGCUGCCAUGAUAUCUACUAUGCGUAAACGUGCCGUACAAGCAUCACGCUUUAUGCUACAGAUGAUGCAGUCGACAUUGUAUAAAAAGGAGACUGAUAAUCACGUAAAUAAUUUGCCAGAGAAAAACGUAGGUUCUUCAGAGCACAGUGAUGGAAUUGAGGCUGGAGAGGAGGGCCUUGCUAUACGGUUAGCUACUGAGGUGGCUGGCUUCCAGACAAAGAAAACAGCAGCAGAGAAAUCAUAUAUUUCAGCACUAUGCAAGACCAUAGUGUUACUUCAUUUCCGAGAGUCAGAACAAGGAACAAUCAAGUUGAUGCAGCUUCUUCUAAGUCGUGUUGCUGGAUCUGUUUCAUAUGAUAAAGAGCUUGUAAAAGAGCUAACUAUCAUGGCUAAACGGUUGAAGGCGUUGGAUGGAAAUCCAGAUGAGUUGUCCAGUGAUCAAAUUAAUGUCAUUCUAGGGAUGCUGGAUCUGGAUUAUGAUCUUGAUGAUGAUCAUUCAAGUGAAAUACCACCAACCCCAGCUCCACGUUCCACUCGACCAACCCUUUCAAGAAGACGUCUACGGCGUGAAGAAAGCUCUUCUGAUGAAGAAGUGUCACCUACGUCUGUUGUUCCUUCAACUGUUAUGUCAGGAACACGUUCCCACAGGGCCAGCAAAACAGCAGCAUUAACAAAGAUGACUGCUAGUAGAGCCUGUGAUAAUAUAGAAGAAGAAGAAGGAGAAGGCUCAGAUCUAACUUCUGAAGAGGAGGCUAAUAACUCUGACUCAUCAGCUUCAAUGACUUGUUAACGGUAUCAAAUAUCUUCCUCAUCGUUGUAAUUUAACAUGCUUUUGUUAGGUGUAUUUAAGGCUAUGUUGAAGAUCUUCUGCAGGCAAUACUUUGAUAACAUCAAAUGGAGAUGCUUGACUACUAUAUGUACACAAAUCAGCUUACAGGUAGCCACUUUAUUGAUCAUCGUGCCUUCUAUAUUGUAUACAAUAGCUUAUGAUAACCCUUCGUGUGAAACGGGUCGAUUGCUUUUCUUUUAGAUCGAAACAAUUAAAGGUUAUAUGAAAGGUAACCAAAAUUACAUA